GCUCUCGGUUUCGCCCCUUGCUCUUCUCCGUACAUACAUUUUGUAUGUGUACAAUGUACAUACACACAUACACUUUGUGGGCCUUUUGUUUCGUUUUUGUUUAUGCGCGCGUAGGAGAGCAUAAAAUGCGCGAAUAAACACACACGUACAGGGAAUUUGCAAAAAGCGCCAACGUUGUGUGCGUGUGUAUGUGUGUGUGAAUGUAUGUGAGUGGGGAGUGCGCAUACAUUGUUAUUGUUGCCUGUCGUUUUUGCGCUCUUCUUGACGCGCCCCAGCAACGGAUUUGCGCUCUCGCUCUCUCAGACUGUCUUGCGCUCUCCAAAAGUCUUUUAGCAUGCGAAUGGUGUUACGGACUUAACUAUGAGAAAUUUUGUAACGCGACAUUUGCACGGCUACUUUGGAGCAUGACGGUCGUUUCGCUUAUUCAGUGGCAUAGAAGAUAACGCGAACGCGUGCAGCAGCAGCUUGCAGCUCACCCCGAACAGAAUCAGUAGAAUUUCUGUAACAGAUUCAAAUUGGGUGCUUGCGAAAAAAAGUAACAAAAAAAAAAACAGAAAAAUACGUCGUGUUAUUGAUUCUGUGUGCGUCGUGUGUGCAUCUGUGUGUGUUUAUGUUUGGUGUGUAUGUGUGAAUUUUGCAGUUGCAGCAAACGCCAAGCGUUAGCUUCUUCUUUCUCCUCUCGUUUCGUUACGUUCGGUUCCCGGUCUCCUCCCCCAUCGCCCCACCCCCUCGUUAGCUCGGUUUCGGUUUUUGGGUGCGUCGUGAUUCUUCUGUAUAUGAAACAUUUUUUGCCAAUCGCUGCAACUUUCAAAAGCAUACAGAAUAAAAUUGAAAGCUUGACAAGCCCAAAAAAAAUAAAAUAAUAAUUCACACAACAAUUCUCAACUUCAGCUAACUUCACAAUGUGCAACAUAAACUGACAAAUAAGAAAAACAAAACACACAUAAAAACCCAAUCCAACAUAAUAAACAACAACAAGAACAAAUCAAUCAUGAAGAUGGUGGACAAAUCGUCCAAAUUGAUGGAUAAAUUUGUCACCAGCAGCGGAGGCGGUGGCGGUGCCGAAAGAGGCGGCAGCGGCAUCUCAGCUGCGGCCGCAGCAAAUGCAGCAGCUGCUGCAGCGGCGGCGGCGUCGGCAGCGGCAGCGAACUCAGCUGGCGGACUUGGCGGCGGUGGCGCUGGCAGCGCAGCCGGCGGAGCAGUGACUGCGAGUAACGGCGGACAAAAGCCGGUGCCUAUGAAACUGUUUGCCGCUUGGGAAGUCGAUCGAACGCCGCCCAAUUGCAUACCCAGACUCUGCUCAUUGACAAUAACGCGUCUGUCGAUACUGACACCUCUGCCAGGAGACACAACAUCGCUCUCGCUGGCGGUGAAGAUGCAGAGCUCGAAGCGCACGUUGCGCAGCCACGAGAUACCCAUUAAUGGCAGUGCUCUCACCUCGGCGGCCUCCAGUCGAGAGAGCAGCAUGCAGGGCAACUCUCCGCUAGCCAAUGUGAUUGGCGGUGGCUCCAACUUGAUUGGCACACCCGGAAAUGUAGGUAAUGCAGGAAUCGGCACGAAUCUGGCGUUGAUUCCGCUAACUGAGACGGAGCUGGACUUGCACUUUAGUCUGCAGUAUCCGCACUUUAUCAAGAGAGAUGGCAAUAGACUGGUGAUUUUGCUGCAACGCCGCAAGAAAUACAAAUCGCGCACCAUUUUGGGCUACAAGACGCUGGCCGAGGGCAUCAUACGCAUGGAUGCAGUGCUCCAAAAGUCAAUGGACAUGAUCAUUGAGCUGACAGCAUCCGGAAAGAAUGGCAGACCCGGCACAGUUGUUGCCUGUCUGCGUGCCGAACGCGUCUCCUCCAUUCCAGUUGAUCAUGACAAUAAGAACAACAACAGCGUGCUGCUGGCAGAUCGCAUCACCGAGUAUUCGGACGAGGACGAGGAGGCCGAGUUUAGUUCGGGUGAAUUCAACGACGAGGCUAACGAUUUGGCCAUAACGGGCUACGAUCAGAAGCGCGAUUACAACCCGGCCAAGCAUGAUAUGCGCAAGUAUCGCAACAAGCUGCAAAGAUCGGGCAUUGAGGAUAUCGCAAUAGUCGGACACCAUCCGCAUCAGCAUCAUCCCGUCGUCGUCGACAGUGACAGCGAGUUCGAGAUGAAAGACAAGAGUUCGUCCCGCGCCAAGUUCAGUCGGACAAUUUCGCUGCAACAGCGCAACUUCAAGCAGAAAAUUGUCGCGCUACUGAAACGUUUCAAGGCGAGCGAGGAGCUAGAGGAUGAGACGCACAGUGGAACGGCGGCGCUGCGUGGCGAACGCGAUUUGGACGCACUCUUCCAGGAGCUGGAGUCGCUGUCAUGCUGCGAGGGCGACGAUUCCGGGCCGGACAUGGAUAGCAUAUCGAUUGGUUCGACGCCGAAGCCAUCGCUGCGUCCGUUUUUUACCAACUCGCGAAUAAUGCUCCACGAUAAUCUAACGGGCAACGGAGGGGGCGGCGCCCUUGGCAGCUCUGGUGGCAUUGGCGGCACCCCAGGAAACUCUGAGCGCCGAUCAUCGGAUAAGAGCGACCAAUUGACCAAUUCAUCUUACAAUAUUGAAAAUAACAAAAACCAAAAAAGCAUUCAUUUAACAAACAAUAACAAUUCGGCUACAACACCAGAUCGUGGCGGUAACGACAGUUCCGGCAAUGAGGGCAAUGCUGGCUAUACGGAUGGCCAAAAUUCAGAUCCACAGAACAGUCCGCCGCGUGACAAGGAUUAUCUGCAUCGUCAGCAUCAUCAGCAGCUGACACCAGUGAGCUCCGUGGGUGGCAACAUGGGCAGCAGCAGCAUUACACCGCCGCACGCACAAACCGAGAAGCGAUCGCGACUAUUUCGCACCUCCAGCAAUACGCCCGCUGUUGCAGGAGGCGGAGGCAGUGGAGCAGGUGCUGGCAAUGUGAGCAAUAGCAGCAGUGCUGUGGGCAAACGAAAGCAUACGCUUAGCCUGAGUGCUGAGCCGCGUUCUGCGCUUGAGACUUGCUUGUCGCCUACGAAUGUGGAGCCCAGGAAGCUGCUGCUCGAUCAGCUGAGUCGUGUGUUUGCCGGUGAUGACAACGUCAUACCCGAGGUGGUGACCAUCAUCAGUCCACCCGAGGCGCUCGGCGGCAGCACGCUGCUAGCCAAGCUGGUCACGCUGUUUGCCAACUCCUUUAAGCCAGCAUUUGUGCCACAAAACACGGCCGAGGUCAAGGCGGUGCUCCAGGCGCUCAUGGCCAAGAUACAGAAAUACUGCAACUCGAAUGCAAAGCCGCCGCACACAGUAAAGGUGCUGCUCAUUGGAGGCGAUUGGCUGCAGGGCGCCACAUUGCGUCACUAUGUGGAGCUGCUCGGCGUGCGUCCGCCCGACUGGUUGAAUCACUUGCGCUUCUAUCUGGUGCCCAUUGGUGGUGGCAGCAGCAACGGCAGCGUGGCACGGCAUCUUAGCCAAAUGGAUCAAGCCUAUGCCGCCAUGUUUGGCUCCGACAACUGGUCGCAACUUUGUGAACGAGCUGCAGCCACAGCUGCGGCUGUUAGUGCCGUGACCACGGUGAAUGCCACAGCGUUGACUGCGAAUCUGGCAGAUGCAGCUGCGGUGGCCAAGUCGGAUAUUGCGGAACUGGUGCAGCGCAUUCAGCGCUAUCUGCAUGCGGCGGGUCCUUGCACACAGAUUCCCAUUGCCGAGGCCAUGGUCAACUACAAGGACGAGGAUUCGUGCCAGAUCUUUGUGCCCUUCGUCAGCGAUGUGCGCAUUGGUUAUUUGGAUGCGCAAGCCUCGCUGGAUCUCGAAGAGAACGCCGGCUCCAAUGCGGCUGGCACGGCGAGCAGCGGAGGCUCUGGAAACGCUUCCAGCUUGCCCAUACCCAUUGGCGGCCAGAGCACGCCCGGCGUCUCCGGAUCGCCGCCACAGCAGCUGCUGCUGCAGCAGCAAGGUGGCCAGAGUCAGGGCCAGAAUAUGGGACGCAUAUCACCACCGCUACAGACACCACCGUCGUCGUCGGGCAACUCACAUCGGGAUCGGGAUCGUGGCUCGAGUGAUGCACAGAAUACGCCCUCGUCGCUGUCAUCGCAGACGUUUAGCGGCGCCUUGGCUGCCGCCGAAGCUGUGGAGCUGCAGGUGGAUUAUUGGCCACUGGUGCGGCCGGGCGAUCAGCAUGUCAAGGAGUCGAAGGGGGGAAUGUCGCGUGGCGGCGACUCGGGGGGAGGCAAGAAUAGCAUUAAGAGUACGUUUAGGAAUCUGCAGGUGUGGCGCCUGCCGCAGCAUGCACAGCAACUGGGUGAUAUGUCCAAUGGACUGACUGUUAGUUUCGCCACCAGGGAGAAGAAACAGAAGCAGAUUAUGCGCUUGGGCAAAAAGAAGGAUAAGGAGCGUGAUCUCGAGAAGGAGCAGUGCGUGGAGGGCGUGGCACGACUCAUUUGCUCGCCCAAGCAAUCGCAUCCAGUUCCGCUGCGAGUGUAUAUCGAUGGUACUGAGUGGACUGGCGUCAAGUUCUUCCAGCUGUCAUCGCAAUGGCAAACGCACGUCAAGAAUUUCCCUAUUGCGCUCAUCGGCUGCACGCCCAUGUCCUGUGCUGAAUUAACCUAGUCAUCAUACCCCAUAUCCUCCAAACUCCCCCCCCGAGGGAGACUUAGAGACACACACACACACGGACAGAUAAGACAGACGGACAGACAGACAGACGGACGGACAUUUAGCAAGGGGAGCCAGACAACAAACACAACAUGCACGGCAAUAAAUAUGUUUAACUAAGAAGAAUGAUAAUUUAUUUUAUAAUUAUUAUAUUUGUAAAUUUUUAGUUAAUAAAUAAUACGCGUUUAGCUUGUAA